AUGUCUGCCGACCACACAUACCAGCUCUUCUGCUUGGAGAACCCUCUCCUUGACAUCCAAGGCCAAGGAGAUGAGGCACUCCUAAACCAAUACGGCCUGAAGGCAAACGAUGCCAUCCUCGCCGAAGAGUCCCACAAGAGUCUGUACGAGGAGCUCAUCCAGAACCGUGAUGCGAAGCUGCUCGCGGGUGGUGCGGCUCAGAACACUGCCAGAGGUGCCCAGUACCUACUCCCAGCCGACUCAGUAGUCUUCUUCGGCGCCGUCGGAAAGGACAAGUACGCCGAUAUCCUCCAAGAUGCCAACAAGCAAGCCGGUCUUGCCGUUCGAUACCAUGUCGAUGAGAAGGAACCUACCGGUCGUUGCGGUGUGAUUAUUACAGGACACAACAGGAGCAUGUGCACAGACCUUGCCGCAGCCAACUGCUACAAGAUCGAACACUUGAACGAGAACUGGAGCAUCGCAGAGAAGGCCAAGGCAUACUUCGUCGGUGGCUACCACUUGACAGUCUGCGUACCGGCUGUCUUGAAGUUGGCCCAGGAAGCCGCGAAGACGAACAAGCCUUUCAUCUUUUCGCUGUCCGCGCCGUUCAUCCCACAGUUCUUCAAGGAACCGCUCGACCAAACCGCUCCUUACUGGGAUUACGUUAUCGGCAACGAGACGGAGGCGCAAGCCUACGCUGACUCGCACGAUCUUAAGACCCACGACAUUCCGACGAUUGCCAAGCACCUCGCAAACUUGCCCAAAGAGAACAAGCAGCGCAAGCGUGUCGCAAUCAUUACGCAAGGCACUGACCCCACCAUCAUUGCUGUGCAGGACGAGGGUGAGCCAAAGUCGUUCCCCGUCCACCAGAUCAACAAGGACGAGAUCGUAGACACCACUGGUGCAGGUGAUGCCUUUGCCGGCGGCUUCUUCGCUGGCGUGGUCCAGGGCGACAGCAUCGAGACCUGCGUCGACAAGGGAAGUUGGCUUGCUGCUCUGAGCUUGCGCGAGCUGGGGCCAUCAUACCCGUUCCCCAAGAAAGCCUAUACUUCGACCAAGUAA